AUGUCCUCCCUUCGCCGUCGAGUGCUUGAGUCUGAAGAAAGAAAUUUAACGCGCAAAGAAUCACCGCGACGACCGCCACCUUCACAUCGACAUAACUCACCAAGUGCUCCAUGGCCGUGGAUCAAUCUUCAUGACGAGAUCGAUCAAGAACAACUUGCCUCCCCACUUCCACCUGUACCAGCCCCCUGCGACCACACAACAUGCGAGGGCAGCUGUUGGAAGGGCUACCCACAGUCCCGCUUCCCGAACUGGACACCGUCACAGCUUCGCCGCAGUCGCAUUCAAAAGGCAAUAAUGGACUAUAAUAAAUCCGCGCAGGCCGCCAUCUACUAUGUCGACGUGGAUUCGGAAGGCGUCUUCAAAGACUCUGGCAAGUUCGUUGCUAGGGAAAAGGAAGACGCGCCAGAGGACGAGUUAUGGGACCAGUUAAUCAAUGAAGACAAGCAGCGACCAGACAAUGUACGCGUGCGCGCUCUUUUCCUCGAAUCUAUGAGCGGACCAAUGUUGCAACAACUUGGGGCGAAGUAUAACAUCGAGCCGUUCUUUUUCUCUUCUUCGUUAGGCUGGAUACCCUCUCGUUACCAAGAAGAAGUACGAGCAAAGAAGGGAGACCAUCUGACAAUAACCCUAAUAUUCCUUCGAACCAUGGACCACCCUGACGCAAAAUCGCUGCACACUUUUCCCGACAGUGCGAGCAGUACCAUGACCACGCCAUUCAGCUAUCACGAGCAAAUAAUAGACACACAAGCACCAUUAUUUCUCCACUCUGGCGGCCAGUACCUUAUACUCGACCUCCUCGCGGUCCACCUCGUCCGAAGCAUUGACGGCAACACGUUGAUAUCGUACCAUAAUAGCGAUGCGGACACAACAGCGACUUAUCUUCACGAGCGCAUUCGCUUUGCGGGACAAAGUGUUUACUGGCAGAACAUCUUCCAGAGCUCCCCAGACCCAACAUUUGUUCUGCUGACAUUCAUUUGGCAUGCGAUGUAUGCUUGGGACGAGGCCCUGGAGCAUCUCUACGCGCACAUCUGCUUCAUUGAAGCACAAGUAAUCAACACCUCUGAUGCAAACCUUACCCGCGAGCUACAUGUAAUCCGCGCACAUUUGCUACACCACUCGGCACUUUUGGAAGACUUCCGCAAGGCUGUCGAGUUCAUCAUGAACACGCCCAACCCGGCGAUGGACGCGCUACCGAAGGACUCUGACCGGGCGUUCAGUCGAGGUUUACUGGAGCGGGAGUGCAAGAAUCUUUUGAGCGAGAUUCAGCGGCUGGAGGGGAGUCGGACGAUGCAGGACAAACGUCUGAAGAAUGUCAUGAAUCUGGUAUUUUCAUCUGUCAAUAUCGACGACUCGAAGAGGAUGAAGGAGCUGACGGAGGCUGCUGUCCGGGACAGUGCUGGUAUGAAGCAAAUUGCGUACCUUUCCAUGGUCUUUCUUCCCGCGUCUUUUGUUGCGGCUGUAUUUGGCAUGAACGUCGGCGAGAUCAAUCCUGGCACGAAAGGCACUUGGGGGCACUACUUUGAAACCGCCUUGCCACUUACGCUUGCGACGAUCUGGGCGGUGAUGGUCUUCCAGGGGAAAUAUCUACUUGGGCGGGAUGCUACGAUAUGGAUGCGACUUAUUUGGCCCGUGACUCUCCUCCAGCAAAGGAUGCGGACUCGGCAGCAAAUGAGAAGGGGCGGGGCAUUUGAUUUAGAUGCCCCACUGGUGGCAGACUCGAGAUGGCCUGAGACAUUCUAA